AUGCGCUGCCCGCGCGUUCCCGCACCCUCUCCCGCCGCAGCCUCUGCCCCGUUUGAGCCGCUGUUCGAGCGCUCCCGAUCCCGCUGCAGCCUCUGCCCGGCUGGAGCCUCUGUCCACGCCCUCACUCUCCCGCUGCAGCCUCUGCCUGACUCAAGCCGCUGUCCGCGAGCUCCCGCUCUCGCCGCAGCCUUUGCCCAGCUCCAGGUGUUGCCUGCGCCCUCGCGCUCCCACUCCCUCCGCAGCCUCUGCCCCGCUGGAGCCGGUGCCAGCGCGCUCCCGCUCCCGAUGCAGCCGCUGCCCCGUUCCAGUCGCUGCCCGGGCGGUCUGGAUCCCGCUGCAGCCUAUGUCCCGCUCGAGCCGCUGCCCCCACGCUCGGGCGGGGCGGGGGGCGGACGGGGAGGCGCCCGGGGCCGCAGCCGACGUGGGGCCGCAGCCGACGUGGGGUCGCGCGCGCGCGCGGACGGACGGGCAGAGGCAGCGGCGGCUCCCGGAGGUGGUGGCUUCACUUUCCAGGACUCAGGAGCGGCCAGGGCGGUAGCCGCGGGCAGCGGGCUCGGGAGUCGGAGCUACAAGGCCGGGCGCGGCAGCGGCGGCUCUGAGGGUGAGUCCGGGCGGGCGUGGCGGGGCGCUCGGGUGCGGUGUGCGUGGGUCCGGCUUUCGGUGACGAGACGGUCGGCGGGGACGUUCUGUUUCGGGGCCCCUCGCGCUUCAGCCGCCGUCUCUGCCCUGGCGACGUGUGGAGCCCGCGACAUGCGCGGACACCCGUCCCUCCCUCAGGAGCGCGCUCGGCCGCACCCGCGCCCCGGCCGCGGGCGUCCUCCUCGCAGGCGUCCCUCGCACCCCGACCCGCUCUCCCCGCCGCCGGCUCUGCCGACACCGCAGGCGCCGGCUUCUCCCCUUGCAGGCCCCUCGGCGCCGGCUUCCCCGCGCCGCCUCCCGCGAGCCUCCCGCCCCCGCCCCUUCCCUCUCCCAGCCGCAUCCUGGAACUCAGUCUCUGCAAAAGUGCGGGAUAAAUGGCGCCGUGGAAAGUGCCCGGCUGGCUCUGUCGCUGCUCUCCCGACGGCGUGGUUGCUGCACAUGGAGUCUCUCCUGGAGAGCGCCGGGAUGAAGAGUGAGGAAGAAAUCAAACUGGAGAUAAAUAUGCUGAAGAAAUAUUCUCAUCAUAGGAAUAUUGCAACAUCUUAUGGUGCUUUCAUUAAAAAGAGCCCCCCAGAACAUGAUGACCAACUCUGGCUUGUUAUGGAGUUCUGUGGAAUGGGAUCCACCACAGACUUUGUGAAGAACACCAGGGGGCACACGUUCAGAGAAGACUGGAUCGCACCCAUCUCCAGGGAGAUCCUGAGGGGACUGACACAUCCUCACAUUCAUCAUGUGAUUCUCCGGGAUAUCAAGGGCCAGAAUGUACUGCUGACCGAGAAUGCAGAGGUGAAACUUGUUGAUUUUGGUGUGAGCGCUCAGCUAGACAGGACAGUUGGGCAGAGAAAUACAUUCAGAAGCACCCCCUUCUGGAUGGCUCCUGAGGUCAUUGCCUGUGAUGAGAACCCAGAUGCCACCUAUGACUACAGAGAUUUGACUGCACUGGCCAAAGAGCUUCGAGCAGUGGAAGAUGUGCGGCCACCUCAGAGCAUGACGGAUUACUCCUCGUCCAGUGAGGAGUCGGGGAUGACAGACGAGGAGGACGAAGCUGUGGAACAGGAAGGGGCUGGUGAGUCCACCUCUGGACCCGAGGACACCAGAGCAACGUCAUCUCUGAAUUGGAGCAAUGGUGAAACGGAGCCUGUGAAAACCAUGAUCGUCCAUGACAAUGUAGAGAGUGAACUGGCCAUGACCCCAUCCAAGGAGGGCACUCUGAUCGUCCGCCAGAGUACAGUUGACCAAAAGCGUUCCAGCCAUCAUGACAGCAAUGGCUUUGCUGGUCGCAUUCACCUCUUGCCAUAUCUGUUACAGCAAAACCAUUCCUCCUCCACUUCCUCCACUUCCUCCUCCUCAUUCUCCAGCCAGCUGACACCCCCCAUGUCCCCACAGACACCCCAGGACAAGCUCACUGCUAAUGAGACUCAGUCCGCUAGUAGCACACUCCAGAAACACAAAUCUUCCUCCUCCUGAUCUUGUGUAGACCCCAGAUUCCUGUAGAUUUCUCCAUCUAGUGGGAAAACAGUGACUUCUGUGGUGUACUGUGUUUCAAUAGGAUUUUCCUGUGUUGGAAUUAGACUGGAAGCCAUAAAGCAAGAACCUACCCAGAAGGGCUCAGUGGUCAGUGUGAAUCCAACCAACACAAGGCCACAGAGUGACACCGCAGAGAUUCAUAAAUAGAAGAAGAGGUUUAACUCUGAGAUUCUGUGUGCUGCCUUUUGGGGCGUAAAGGAUAAGUUAUGUGUCUACUAUUUGUCCUGGUUAAGAAAUAAAAUACUUCACCAUGAUCCAGAAGUUGAGAAGAAGCAGGGAUGGACAACUGUAGGGGAUUUGGAAGGAUGUGUACACUAUAAAGUUGUAAAAUAUGAAAGAAUCAAAUUUCUGGUAAUUGCUUUGAAGAGUUCUGUGGAAAUCUAUGCGUGAGCACCCAAGCCAUGUCACAAAUUUAUGACUUUAAGGUAAGAACAUCAAUCAUUUGGAGAAUUGGUACAUAAGCCAUUACUGGUGGAUCUCACUGUGGAGGAAGGUCAGAGGUUGAAAGUGAUCUAUGGAUCCUGUGCUGGACUUCAUGCUGUUCAUGUGGAUUUAGGAUCACACAUAAGAAAGAACCCACACCCUGUGAUCCAAUGUAGCAUCAAACCCCAUGCGGACAUCAUCCUCCCCAACACGGAUGAGAUGGAGCUUCUGGUGUGCUAUGAAGAUGAGGGGGUUUAUGUGAAUAUAUGUGGAAGGAUCACCAAGGAUGUGGUUCUGCAGUGGGGAGAGGUGCCCACAUCUGUAGCAUGUACUCAAUCCAAUCAGACAAUGGUCUGGGGUGAAAAGGCUAUAGAGAUCCACUCUGUGGAAAGUGGCCACUUGGGUGUGUUUAUGCACAAAAGAGCUCAAAGACUAAAAUUCCUAAGUGAACGCAAUGACAAGGUGUUCUUUGUCUCUGUUCGGUCUGGUGGCAGCAGCCAUGUUUAUUUCAUGACUUUAGGCAGGACUUCUCUUCUGAGCUGGUAG